CAAAAACAAAAAAAAAAACAUUUAAAACACAGAAAAAAUGUGUGAAACUAGCUGCCGAGCCUGUCUGGAGAGCUCGUCAGAGCUCAUUGAUAUGAGUGCCUCAUACUACAAAGAUGAAAUCCCAUUAGUUGACAUAUUUGUGGACUGCACAAACGUAUUUUUGAACGAAGGAUUCCUUUGCCGCCUUUGUGAAACACGGUUGUUGGACUGGUACGAGUUUCGUUUGCAAGCUCAGCAAUCCGAAAGUGUCUUAAACAGCUUAAAAGACUUGGAAGAAGAAUUUGUCGUAGAGUAUUUGGAAGAUGACGAAGAUGCAAAAACUUUAGAAGAGAAUCCUAUGCCUAUUAGAGAGCAAAAUACCAAAGUUUGUCGUUAUUGCCUUCAGUUUGUCACAGAAGAGCUAUCUGUUCAUGAACAAUUGCAUAUCACACGAAAUGAGGGACUUGAAUGUCAUCACUGUCACAAAAAAUAUUCAAGUCGGAAACGCAUCGUAGAGCAUUUGAAAGUGGUUCACUUUCGAAAUAAGUUCGAUCGACCUAGAUUCGAAUGCGAGAUCUGCGAGAAAAGUUUUUCGGAGAAAAGUUCGUUGCGCACACAUCAACGAGACAUUCACAGUGAUAAUCCCCGCCUCAAAAAGAAGGAAAUUUGUCCGAUAUGUGGCAAAAGAACAGCUCACUUGCAAAAACAUAUUGACUCGGUGCAUCGAAAUGUCAUUUGCUGUUAUUGCGACCAGUGUGGAAAAGGAUUUAAAAGUAAAGCCGCCCUCACGAAUCACUUGAAAUAUUUGCAUCUGGGUGUGAGAGAAGCUCAAUGUGCGAUCUGCAUGAAAUACUAUCGAAAUUCAACGGAAUUGGAUUUUCACAUCAAAAGCGUUCACACGACUGAGCAAAAGUACGAGUGCUUGACGUGUGGCACAAAGUUCAAGACUGAGGCAAGUCACCGGGUGCAUGUGCGAUUACAUCAAACGGACUUUCUUUUCAAGUGCGACGUUUGCGAUGCGCGAUUUAAGACAAAACAUUACAUGUUGUCACACAUGAAAGUUCAUUCCGAUGUUAAAACCUUCCAAUGCACCGUUUGUUCGAUGAGCUUCAAGCGAAGUGGGCAACUUACAAGACAUCUGAGAAAACACAAUGGAGAUCUGUUUAAAUGUGAGCUGUGUCCAAAAUCGGAAUUCAACGAUAAAUUUUCACUGAAGGAACAUAAUGAACAAAUGCAUCUUGGUGUGCGGUAUAGAUGCGAUACUUGUGCAAAAAUCUACCAAAAUCGAAAACAUUUACGGCAACAUCAAAAAUCACAGAAUCAUGAUGUUAACUUUUUUACAAAAAUAAUUCCUACUGACGAUUGUAGUGUUGAAAAAUCUUGAGGCCAUUAAAAGGAGAUAAUUAUAAAAAUGAUGAAAAUUCUUUAAAAAUUCCUAUUUUGGCAAAUGUCAGUUCGUUUUUUUAUAAUUACAUAUGAGAAAAAAUAAAAAAAAAUAUCUCCUCUCUUCAAAGAACGGGUCAAAGAACGAAAAUAUUAAAUGGUAAUUCGUCUUAAAAAUAAAUUGUUAAAAUUUUUAUUUAUUUAAUACCGAUAUUUAUUUGCAUUCCACAACAUUUUCAGGCACAAUUCUG